AUGACCACACAACAAAAGAGAAAACCGCCCCAUGUUUCCUUUGUUUUCCUUCUCUUACUCCUGUUCAUUAUUGUCAAAGUCCAAGGUAGUUGCAACCUUGCUCUGGCUUCUUAUUACAUAUGGGAAGGCUCAAAUCUCACAUACAUUAGCAACCUCUUUGAGAAACCAACCUCAGAGAUUCUGAAAUACAACCCAAACAUAAAAAACCCAGAUGUUAUUCAGAGCCAAACUAGGAUCAACGUUCCCUUCUCAUGUGAGUGUUUGAACGGUGUGUUUUUAGGCCACACUUUCUCUUACACAACCCAACAUGGUGACACCUACACAACAAUUGCUCAGGUUGAUUUCUCCAACCUCACUACUGAGGAGUGGGUGAGCAGGGUCAAUAGUUUUGCACCAAUAAUGAUACCUGACAACGUCAAAAUUAAUGUCACUAUCAACUGCUCCUGCGGAGAUAAACAUGUGUCCAAGGAUUAUGGGCUGUUUGCAACAUACCCACUUCGGCUUGGUGAUAGCUUGCCGGCGGUUGCGGCGGAAUCCGGCGUGCCGGCGGAGCUGCUUCAGAGAUACAACCCCGGGUCAGAUUUCAGUGCUGGGAAUGGACUAGUGUUUGUGCCGGCUCGAGAUGAAAAUGGAAACUUUCCACCACUGCAGUUGGGAUCAUCAGGAAUAUCAAGUGGAGCCAUUGCUGGUAUAGCUGUUGGAGGAGUUGUUGGGAUCUUAUUGUUGGCACUUCUUCUAUAUGUUGGGCUAUAUAGAAGAAAGAAAUUGGCUGAAGUAUCACAUCUCCCAGUACCAGUAGCAUCUGAAGAUCAGUGUAGUCAACUCCAACAUGGUGGUGGAAGCAGCUUGGAUAAGGCAUCAGAAUCUUCUAUUGUUGCUUCUUCAAGGUUGACAGGUAUUACUGUGGACAAGUCAGUGGAGUUCUCAUAUGAGGAGCUAGCCAAAGCUACUGAUGGCUUUAGCGAGGCUAAUAUAAUUGGUCAAGGUGGCUUUGGAUCUGUUUACUAUGCUGAGCUUCGAGAUGAGAAAGCUGCAAUUAAAAAGAUGGACAUGCAAGCAUCAAAAGAAUUUCUUGCUGAACUAAAGGUUCUGACGCACGUCCAUCACUUGAACUUGGUGCGGUUAAUAGGAUAUUGUGUUGAGGGCUCCUUAUUUUUGGUUUAUGAGUACAUUGAGAACGGCAAUUUAAGUCAACAUUUGCGUGGCUCAGAGAGGGAUCCGUUAUCAUGGCCAGCUAGAGUACAAAUUGCCCUGGAUGCAGCAAGAGGACUGGAAUACAUUCAUGAGCAUACAGUUCCUGUCUACAUCCAUCGAGAUAUUAAAUCAGCAAACAUUUUGAUAGACAAAAAUUACCGUGGAAAGGUUGCAGAUUUCGGUCUGACAAAAUUGACCGAAUAUGGUAGUUCUUCAUUACAAACGCGUCUUGUCGGUACAUUUGGAUAUAUGCCUCCAGAAUAUGCUCAAUAUGGUGAAGUUUCCCCCAAAAUAGAUGUAUAUGCUUUUGGAGUUGUUCUCUAUGAACUUGUGUCAGGCAAGGAAGCUAUUGUCAAGACAAACGAGCCUGGGAAUGAAUCGAAAGGACUAGUUGCCUUGUUUGAAGAAAUUCUUGAUCAACCAGACCCAAAAGAAGAUCUUCGUAAACUUGUUGACCCUAGGCUUGGUGAUAAUUACUCUCUUGACUCGGUAUUUAAGAUAUCCCAGCUUGCCAAAGCUUGUACACAUGAAAACCCUCAACUUAGGCCAAGCAUGAGAUCAAUUGUAGUUGCCUUAAUGACACUUUCAUCUGCAACUGAGGAUUGGGAUGUUGGCUCCUUCUACGAAAACCAAGCCUUAGUGCAUCUAAUGUCUGGAAGGUAG